AUGAAGGUCCUGGGCUUGGUUCUAAGUACUUGCACAGUUCUGGCGGAAAAGAGAGACGAUGAGUCACUUUCUUCUGUGUUCGGCAAGGCAAGAAUGGACUUUGCCGAAAUGAUAGCCAGAAUGCAAAGUGAGCGGCGAGGAGCGCGACCGCAGCUGGUUGAAAGGCUUAAUCUGCCAGUUCAACCAGCGGGCUUACCGCAAGCAAGAGUCUUUCAAGAAAUCAACCAGCCAGCUCUUGACGCUGAAGCUAGCGAAGAUGACAUUGUUGUCUACGACAAUUACGGAUACGGCGACGAUGAGGAGUACGAGUACUACGACGAGUACUACUUGGAUGCCUUUGGCCGCUCUAGGCGGAAGAAGAAAAAGAAGAAGAAAACGAAAUAUUCUUCCGCCCCAGUUUACGUACCUUACAAUUAUCCAACGCGGCAGCAGGGGGACUCGAACACCAUGUGUUGGCGGUGUCACGUGGCGGUGUCGACAUACGACUACAGUAAUACAGAUCUAUAUAAGUUGUGUCUGGAUCAGGGCGAGCUUGAAUACUGUGGAAUGGGGCAGAACUAUUGCCAGAUUGAAGAAAGACAACGAGCAGGGCACAUUUACCAGCUCAAAUCCGGUUGCAAGCAGCCCCAAGCGUGCAUGAUUAACUGGGCGACAAACUUCCGCAACGAGAGCUACCCAGAAUGCGAUCCGGGGUCAAUGCACUAUUCCGUCUGCCGCCAGUGCUGCGGUGGCGACAACGCUGACUGCAAUUUCCAUCGUUUCAACGACCCUGAUCAGCGAUUCACAACGGUGGCUGAGUGGGACGACGAAAGCGAGCAUGGCUUUCUAUCGCCUCAAAUGAUUGGCGAUCCCGGCUUUGACCCGGCUACUUUCAACAAGUCUCUCACGUGGGAAAAUUACAACAGCGGCAGUUACAACUCAAACAGUUACAGAAGCUCAGAAGGGAGCCAGAUGCAAAUGGACUCUUAUGGUGCAAGUUACUAUCAAGAAGAGCCAGAAGAAACAACGACGACGACAACUACCACAACGACAACAACAACAACCACGACAGAGGAGUUAACGACGAGGUAUGAAUAUGAAGAUUCCGUCACAACAACUACAGAGUUUCCCACAACGACCACUUUUUACUACACAGAAAUAGAUCCCGAAAAUGCGUCGGAAAACGCGUUGACAUCGCUGCGUAAGAUCGUUGAGACUCUUUCUUCGGAACCUGGCGGUGAGAUUUUGAAGUCGAUGCGUCCUGCCGAGCUGCGCACUUUGCUGCGGAUGCUCAACUCCCAGAACUCGGAAAUCAACGAAGAGUACGACUAUUUCGAGGAAUACAUGGACGAGUACUAA